AUCGCGAAGGGAUUGUGGGGUUUGUUGCUGGGCGGGUCUCUUCCCUCGGCAGUUACCUUCAUCGAAUUCGAUCUUCAUCUUCUUCCUUCCCCAACUCUUUCAAAUUCGUGAAAAUCUUCCUUUAAUUUCGACUACAAAUUGAUUGGAGGAAGCCCCCAAAACGUGAAUUAGAAGAGAAAGAGAAAAGCGAGGAAAACGCGUGGUGACAAAAGAUGCGAUCGCAGCUGUUGGCUUGGCCGCGGCGGCGAGUCAGCGAUGAGCGGUUGCUUGGUUGGUUUUCUCCGGCGGAGAAUAACCGAUUUUGAAUGGGAUUUAAACUGCAGAUGAGCUGGAUGCCGAGUCUACUGAGUCAAAAGCGUAGGAAUGGUCCUCCCUUAGGGUUACGGAAUCUCGGCAACACCUGUUACCUCAAUAGUGUCCUUCAGUGUCUCACUUUCACUCCUCCUCUCGCUAAUUUCUGCCUUACUCACAAACACUCCUCUCACUGCGACACAUAUGUGGAUGGAGAGAGGAAAAGGGAUUGUCCAUUUUGCAUAGUUGAGAAAAGAAUAGCAAGGUCUCUUAGUGUGGAUCUAACUACCGAUGCGCCUAACAAGAUUUCAAGCUGUCUCAAAAUUUUUGCUGAGCAUUUUAAGCUUGGUCGUCAAGAGGAUGCUCAUGAGUUCUUGCGCUAUGUCAUUGAUGCAUGCCACAAUACGUCUCUCAGACUCAAGAAGUUGCGAUACAACGGUAACGAGCCCUUUAAUGGCAAUAGUGUCGUGAAGGAGAUUUUUGGUGGUGCUUUGCAGAGCCAGGUCAAGUGUUUGUCUUGUGGUGCGGAGUCUAAUAAAGCCGAUGAGAUUAUGGAUAUCAGUCUUGAGAUUUUGCAGAGUAGCUCUGUGAAGGAGUCAUUGCAAAAGUUCUUUCAAUCAGAGAUUUUAGAUGGCAACAAUAAGUAUAGAUGCGAGUCCUGUGAAAAACUGGUGACGGCGAGGAAGCAGAUGUCUAUACUGCAAGCGCCUAAUAUCCUUGUUAUCCAAUUGAAAAGGUUUGGGGGCAUUUUUGGUGGGAAGAUUGAUAAAGCCAUUUCAUUUGGUGAGAUUCUGGUUCUCUCGAACUUCAUGAGUAAAGCAAGCAAGGACCCUCAACCGGAAUACAAGCUCUUUGGGAUAAUUGUGCACUCAGGAUUUUCUCCUGAAUCUGGGCACUAUUAUGCAUACGUUAAGGAUUCCUUGGGUCGAUGGUAUUGCUGCAAUGAUUCGUUUGUCUCGCUCUCCACCUUGCAGGAGGUUUUAUCAGAGAAAGCUUAUAUCCUGUUUUUCAGCCGUUCAAACCAGAGGCCAGCGUCUGCUAAAACUCUGGUAACAUCCAAUGGGACUACAUCUCAUGAAGUUAAUGGCUGUGAGACAUCAAAUCCCCAGAAGUUUAUUGGGCCCCUUAAUGGUUUCAACAUGAAACCUCAAGCCGAGCAGUCCUUCCAGAAGGGUAACCUGGCUUCUUCAAAGCCCCAUAAAUUUAUUAGGCCCAAACCACGAGCCGAGCAGGCCCCACUAGAGGAUAACCUGCUUUCUUCCAAAGUUGAAAAGGCGCCUUUAAGGCCACAUGCGAAAGUCAGUAUAUCUGUCAACCUUGGUGCCAAAAGGGUCUCUCCUGUCAAUGGUAGACUUUCUUUCCACCAAGAUGAGAACAUAGCUCCAAAGGCAAACAAAGAGAAUAGUGUAUCAGUUUUGCCGACUAAAGUUAACUCUGGUACGGAGAGAAAGUUUGGUACUGAAAAUGGUGGCAAUGGAGUUAAAGAAAACGGCAGUGCACCAGGUAGUAGUAAUCAUAAAGUGGCAUUGCAUCCUCAUGAGCGGAGUAAUGGCUCCAGCAAUGGGGGUGAUCACCACAAGGAUAACUUACAUCCAUGUGGAAGUAAUGGCUCACAAAAUGGAACUGCUCACCCCGAAACUGAGAGGAACGGUGUUAGUACCACCCAAUCCAAAGGCUUGUGUUCUUCAACAAAGGAAGACCCCUGCAUUUUGCUGAGAAAAGACGAAUCAUCUCGGAAUGAACUUGAAGCAAUAAAAGAGAGCCUGAAAAAAGACGCGCUGUCACAUCUACGUUCAUGCGGAUGGUAUGACAAGGUUCUCAUCUCCAUGCAUGCCAAGAAGAGAUUGCGUACAGAGCAAUCAGGUGGAGAAGAUGGUAGCGACUUGAAAAGGAGGUUGAUUGAAGAUGUGAAAUCAAGUUUGAAAUCACAGAUUCCAGAGGAGUUGAAAGCAGAUCUGGUAAAUCGUAUCUGGGAGAUUAGCAAGAAGAAGUACUCGUGAACCAUUGUUUUUUGCUUCAACAAAAAUGACUCGAAUCUCUGGAAGCAUGAAGCCUCUACUUGGUCCCUUCACACACACACUCCUCAUUCCUCAUUUCAUCAUUGCUUAACCCAUCCGGCUAGUCUGAUUAUACAGAGUGAGCGGAUCGAGAUUUUUUCCUGCGACUGUGAUGAUGGUGAAGUGAGUUUUUUUCUUUUCUAUUAUUAUUACAUUUUUGGAAGAGAGUAAAAGUAAUUACCGGAAAAAAAAAGAAAAAAAAAACAGAUCUCAUUCUGUAUAAUAUAACGCCUUCUUGUUUUUUGCCUCUUAUCGAUGAAGCUUUACACAAAUAUACAAGUCCUGUGGAAAUUUUUAGUAUAAGAACGUUCUUGAAUUUGUGUAUUGUAUUUGUGGUUUUUCGUUAAACAUAUUAACAUCGGACAUGGUUUCGUGCUUUCGUUCCAGUAAAAUAUAUGGAUGGUUCGUUG